AUGUCUUUAGUUCCCGCCAUCAAAUGUCGACUCAAGUAUUACCAUCAAGCACUGAGUUCGAUAAAUUCAAGUGUCUUCUCGACGGAAAGAAUCCUUAGAGUGGCUCAGCAAAGGCGAUUGCAGGACCGCAAAACAAACCAGUUCUGGUCCAUCUUUUCUGACGGGCCAAGCAUAUUGAGCGCACGCACAGUUAGUAUCAGCAACUACCGUGAACGCGAUACGCCUAGUCUUAAGCAUCCCACGGGCGCAACAAAGGCCAACCAUAGCUACAGCAGCAAGCACCCUAUCGAGGUCUUAACAACUAGAUCCCUCAAAACUUCCAUGACAAGAAAAAGCGGACUGGAUGCAGGCGAAAUGGGAACCGUUACAAGCCAAAUCCGAGACUACGCCGCUAUGCAUGUUAGACGAGGGCCUUAG